AUGCCUACUUCCAAGCGAUUCGAGCUUCCCAAGCUCGACUUCAAGUUCGGCUCCCUGACCGACGGAACCGACAUUCCCCCGCCGCUUCCCAGCCCCGUCCAGGAGGUCCCCACGCCUCCCCAGACCCCGCGUGCGAGCGAAACCAAGGACUCCGAACCCGCCGUCAAGGAAAAGGUCAAUGACAAGACGAAUAGCCACGGCCCGGCAGUGCCCAACUCGCCGGCCACCACCAAUGGUACGAGAGGAUUCUCAGAUGACACGCCACUUUCUCCAGCAGUUUCAAGCAGACAGGGCAGCAUUCGUCGUCUCUUCAGCCGAACAUUACUGAACCAAGCAUAUGCAGAGGGCGAAUCGCAAGCGAACGGUGGCGCUCCCCGCCCCAUGAGCCGUAGUCAGGGCAGCAUUGUCGACGAGAAGAAGGCAAAGCGCAGCAGCGGGUGGUUCAAGAGGCUCAGGUCCCACGACUCUUCACCGCCCCAAAAACGCUCCAGCGUCGUUUACGAGCACCCCAACAACAGCCAGACGCAGAGCCAAAGUCGGCCCCAAAGCAGGCCCCAAGUUCAGGGCCCCCCGCCACCCAUGAUUCCCGAGCUCAGCGCACUCGACACCAAGCUCGACGUCUCGGACGGAGGCAGCCUGGGUUCUGACCUGUUCAAGAACAUUAAGUAA